UACUACAAAUCAUGUGCCUGUUACAAUCAUGGUUUUGAACAUACAAAACAUAAAAUGCAUUGUGACAUUGUUGUAAAAACUGAUGAAAUAUAAUGUUUAUCAAGGUAUUGUAAAAAAUCUGAUAAAUGUAAAAAAAUAUUUUAGAGGUAAAGAUUUGUAUGCAAGUUUUUGAUAUAUUCACAAUGAAUGAAUCAAACAAGUUCUAUAAAAAGGUUCAAAUGUACCUUAUGAAAAAAAAUCAAGAAUGUGGAGAAUUAAAAUUAUUCACUUCUUGUGUCACGUCUGAAAACAUUAAUCAUAUUGAUGACAUAUGUAAAUCUAUUACUGAAAUAUUUGAAUCUAACAACAUACCUACAAAGGAGAAAACUACAAUAAAUGAUGAACAAUGUGUAGAAUCAUAUAAAUAUUUAUUAUUGAACACAGAUUUUAAGAACCAAGAACGUUUAACAGAAGAUAUUAUUUAUGGACAUUUAGUUGAUAUGUGUCCACCUUUAUCUCCAUUCUUAUUCGUGCAAAUAAUGUGGAAUCUUGAAUAUGAAAAGAUUUUAAUUGAAUCUUUAUUAUAUGUACCGUUUGAUUUAUGUACAGAAAUACUAAAAAUAAUUACAAAAUAUAUAGACAAAUUACCUUUUCAAAGAUCAAUUAAAAUAAUGUAUCGCUUGGUACUCAUUAUAUAUACCAAAUUUCUUCAAUUAAAAGAAACUGGUAUACAAUCUGUAAAUGUUGAAGAGAGCAUACAAGAUUUGUUGAUUAACUUUGAAGAAUUCUUAUUAGUAUUAACAAACUCAAAAUUGUCUUACUUAACAGAAUUGUCAGGUUUAAAAAAAUAUGAACGAUAUGGUAUUAUGUUGAAAAAAUUAAUUUGCACAAUAAGAAAAUGUUUAGAGAACAAAACUGAUGAAAUUAUCUGUAAAGAUCUUGAAAAAUUAUAUCAGAUUACAUUCGGGAAAGAACCAUUUGUGAAGUGUGAAAAUAUUAUUGUAGAAAACACUAUGUCAACAUUAAACAAACAACUAGUAAGUAUAUUAUUGAAUAAAAUCAAAGAAAUUGACUGCAAUAUUUAUUUGAAUUGGGCAGAAUUGGAUGAUGAGGAAAAUACCAUGAUUUCAUUACAAAGAUCUAUUGGAAUUGAGUGUUAUUACUUUAUAGAAUUUAUAAAGAAUGAUGGACAGUUAUCACAGGAUACUCAUUUAAUAGAGUGUUUGCAACAGUUGUCAUCAAAACCAGAUCCUAAGCAGUCAAACUUUGUUUUAAAUUUACAAGAACUUUGUUCUGCUAUAUCUGAUGGUAAGAAGGAAUGUAUGAAAGAAUUAUUAUGCCGGUACAAAGAAUGGGAUCGCUCAGUGCUUGAGUUUGUCUAUGACAAUAGCUCUUUACUAGAUAAAAAAGAUUUCCUAACUCUGUUAGAAUACCUCACUUUUGUACUUUCACAAUCAACUGAAGAAAAUUUGAAAGAAUUCAGUUAUACCUUAGUCACAAAAUUAGUGGCACUUCAAAGUGUACCAGAUAUUUAUGAAAUUGUAGUCAUGUAUGUAACAAAAUAUGAUGGCAAAAAUAAUCUGGAAUCUUCACAUACAGAAGAAGUAUUUAAUGACUUCAUAACACGUAAUGCAAAUUUACAAACACCAAUGGUCUUAAAAACUGUUUUAUUAUUUCUCUUAAAAAAUCCCAGAACUGUGUUGACUAUACUUGUGAAGAUUACAAUUGGUCAUCCACAAUAUGAAAACAUCAUGAUUUCUGUUAGGGAUUUACUUCUACUGUCGCCCUUUAUGCAAAUAAGGGAAGACAAUGGUCAGCUAUUCUUAAUAAACAUCUUAAAAACCAUUUGUAUAGAAAAUUCACAAUGGAAUGCAAAAAAGUUCAUGGAUUUUAUACAAAUUACAUUAGACAGUUCUAUAUUUACGAUACAUGACUUGAUGAACAGUGUCUUUAUACCAUAUUUAAAAGAAGAUAUUUUUAAUGCAUCAAACAUAAAUUCUAUUCUUAAUAGUAUUCGCAAACUACAAGUUAGAUGUACCAAAGAUACAAAUACUAAGGAUUUAAUAAUAGCUCUUGCAGGGAAAAUGUCUUUUCUAAGAAAAAAUUUAAGUGUUCCAAAGUACAUAAGCAGUGAAAUAUUUGUACAGAUUACAAGAAUAUUGGAAUAUUUCUUAAAGAUUAAAAGCUACAAAAUUCCUCUGUCAAUGAAAAAAGAAAUAAUUAAUCAAAUUGAACAUGUCAUUGAACCAAUAGAUAAAUUAUAUUUUUCAUCUCUUUGGUAUUUAACUCAAAAAGGUGUUAGUGUCAUUGAUAUAGUAGAAGAUUAUGAAAGGCGUUGUUUCACUAUAUUAAAUAGAUUAAAAAAAGAUGUCCAAACUUCAAAGAGAUUACGAAAUUAUUUAUCAGAUUUAAACCUAGUAAGAGAAGACUUUUUACGCCAUUUGAUUCUUCGCUCAAUGGAAGGAGAGUAUCAGAGAUUGGGCUCAGAACUUACAAUAAUAUAUUGGUUCGCUUUUGGAUGGAACAAUGAAACUGAAGCAUAUGAUCACUUUCUACGUUUAACAGUUGAGGCAUGUUGUUUAGUUCUGAAGUAUCCAUCAAUUGGAGAAAAAGAUUUAUUUGCAUUUUUAAUCAAGUCUUUAGCACAUUUUUGCAGAAUGUUUAUAUCGCUUGAAGAACUUGAAGAUAAAGAACACAUAUAUAAAUCAAUUGUUAAGAAUGUAGAUCAGCUCAAUGAAAGUAUAAAACAUAGUCCUUAUGCAGAUUUAUUCAAAGAUUAUUUUACUUGUUUAUGCAAUCACACAGGGGAUGAUUAUUUACAAUAUUUGCAAGAUGUUUUAAAUUUUUUUCAACACUUCAGUGAUCAAUGUCUUGAAUACAAUCAUAAAUGUAAUGAAGAAACUACCAGCAUACCUCAUUCUAUAAAAGUUUCUCAUUUUUAUGUAACUUAUGAAGUAAUUUCUGCUUGCCUGAAAGUACCUGCAACAGAAGCCUGUGAUUGUAUCACAAGGUUGAACGAGUUACUUGCUUCCAAUUAAAUUCAUAAUCUUUAAGGGAUGCAUUUAAGUGACUUUAAAUAAUGAGUUAAAGGUAAAAAUAUUGUUAUUCUUUUUUUAAGUUUAAUCUACAAAUCUCAAAUGUAGAUUAUAUUAUAUAUUAUUAAGUGAUAUUGGCUCAUUCUUUUCUUAUUUAAUUUAUGUAAAUUUAUGAAGUCAUUAAAUAGAAAUCUAAUAGAACAAGAUCUCUGAUAUUAAUGUAGUUUGAUAUUUGUGUGUAAAAACUUAUUAGAUUUAUUCAGUUUUGAUAAAACUAAUACAAUUUUUAUAUGCUUGUAAAUUAGAUAUGUACUUACCAUUAGUAAUACAAUAUGACAUUAUAUAAAUACAAUGAAGUAUUUUCUUUUUUCUUUAUAAGAAAACUUUUCUCUAGUUACAACGAAAUAGUUUAGUUUAUAAUUGAUAGUUCAGUACAGCUUUUACUUUUCAUGUUUUCAGAGUUUCAGGAAAUUUAUUUUACUUACUAUUACAUUGUAGAGGAUUAUUCAGUUAGUACCAAAAUUAUUAUUUGUUUUUAUUCUAUAUUAUAUUUGUGCGAUAUUUCCAAAAUGCCAUUACAAUGGUUAGUAAUAAAAAAAUGUGAAAAAUUGCAUACAAAGAAAAAAUGUGCACCAGUAUUGAGACUGGAAGAAAUCAAAUGGGUAGCUUUCAUAGGAUAAUCUCAAUGCUUUCAUGGAAAAAAUUAAGCUUAAUAAUAUUGAAAAGAAAAAUUCAUUUCUGUAUCAGCCUAUUGUCUUUAAAAAUUUAAAUGUAUUAUGCAUUAUUAUCGUCAAACACUUACUCAGACAAAUUUUCAAGUACACUUCAAAAACAAUUGCAGUAUUAAAUUGAACUAGACAAUAGGAUAAUACAGUUCAUAUAUUCUAAUAGCAAAGAAGUUGCUUUCUAAAUCUGCACCAUACAUUUUUCCAUGUCAUUGAGUUACAAGAUUUCUGUAGUGACUAGAUUCUUAUGCUGGUAAUUUAUGCUGAAAUACACUGGACAAAUAAAAGUUGACAUUCCAUAAACUAUAUUAUUACAUUAUUAAGUUCUGAACAUAUUCGAAUCUCCUCGACUCACCAAAAUGAAACAUACAAAUUUUACUAUAUACUUUAGUUUACUUUUACUUGCAUUAAAAAGGAAAAAAUACAACUGACUUGUGCUUACAUCCUCUUUCUUUAUUGUUGGUGAAAAAUAAUGCAUGCUUUCCUGUUUCAUGUACUUCCAUUUAGAAGCAAGCAAAAAAUAAACCAGACAAGAAGUUAAUAUUACCAGCAAAUAACAAUUUUCAUAGAUAGUAUCGUUUACAAGUGUCUUGAGCAUCCAUUCCUUGUCUACCCAAGUGAUUAAUUUAACGCAGUCAAUUUAAAUCAGAACAAUGAAUCGAACGCGAAAAAAAUAGAAAAUGGUAAAACGAAGAAACAUACAUAUUUCAUGAACGUCGCAUGUCAAUGAAAUGCACAUUUUUUACUGUAAGCCAUUCAUUGUUGUCCUUUUUCAAAUGUCAGAUCGGUAUUCCUUUUUUUAUCCUUUUUCAUUAAUAUUAAUCAAUAUCAUCAUUAUCAUAUAAUUCGACGCUAUAAUAUUUACAGAUUCUUCACAUUGUAAAAAAUAUAACGUAUUUCGUACUCAAUAUCAUACGCAGGUAGUACUGAAAGGCCGAUAUACAUCUAAAUCGUGGUGUUUCUCGAAUUAAUGUGACCCAGUUACGUAACAAAUCUGCAUGUAUACAUAUAUAUUGUAUGUAUAUAUAUAUAUAUUUAUUUAUUUAUAUUUAUAUUUAUAUAUUUAUAUUUAUUCAUUCAUUCAUUCAUUUAUUUAUAUCUAAUUAUAAAAUCGUAUGCGAAUCGUUUUGUAGGUGGUGAAUUCUUGUGCUUCCUUUUUUUCCUAAAAAUUUUCUGAACAAAUCAGACAAAUCUGCUGGCCGAAACAAGGAAAGGAAACGAAACGAAUCUGGUCCUUGAUAAUUGAUAUGCUCACUCAGACGAAGCUCGAUUUUUUUUUUAACGCUUGAUAGCUUUCUAAGUAAAGAUCAGUUUGAUAUUUAUUUUUUUUGUCUAUUCUUGUACAAAAGUUUUCAGCGUAUUCUUUAGAAAAAUAUUCUUAAAACACGAUCUCACGUCGGACAAAUGUAUGCAUGUUUAGAAGCGAUACAAAUAUAGAAAACAUUUUUUUUUUUUCUUUUUUGACUUAUUUCGUGCAACGGUGUAUACUACUUAGGAAGCUAUCCGCUGACAGGCAAU